AUGGUUCGUGAAGAAGUUGGUGAUAAAUAUUUUUGUAUUCUUGUUGAUGAAGCACGAGAUAUAUCUAAACGAGAGCAAAUGACCAUUAUCUUGAGAUUUGUGAAUAAUUAUGGGGUUUUGACAGAAAGAUUUUUUGCCAUCAAAAGUAUUAGCGAUACUACCUCAUUGAACCUGAAAAAAGAAAUAUCAAAUGUUCUUGUUCAUCAUGACCUACAAGUUAAGAAAAUCAGAGGCCAAGGAUAUGAUGCCAAGGAUGUUAGUGUUAUUUGGGAGUUCUUUUCUCAUUUGGAUAAUAUAGUAAAUAUUGUUACUUCUUCUACUAAACGCAUUGCUGAGUUACAUACUGCACAGAGAAUUGAAAUCGAGCAUAUGUUGGCAAUUGGAGAACGUGAUUCUGGAAGUGGGGCCAAUCAGAUUGGUAAUUUACAGCGAGCGGGAGCUACUCGUUGGAGUUCUCACUAUGACUCAGUAAAAAGUUUGAUAGGUAUGUAUGUUGCAACUUGUAAAGUUUUUGAAGUUCUUAGUGAUCAUUCUCUAAAUGGAAGAGCUAAGGCUGAAGUUCGGGGGAUUUAUAGAAACAAGGCAAGCUUUGAAUUUGUGUUCAUUUUACAUUUAAUGCAUAAAAUUAUGAGAACAACAGAUUCUCUUUGUCAAAUUCUUCAAAGAAAAUCUCAAGAUAUUUUAUCUGCUAUUACAUUUAUCUCUACUACCAAAACUAUCCUCCAAGAACUUAGAGACUGCGGGUGGGAAGAUUUUCUUCAUGAAGUGAAAGUUUUUUGUAUGAGAAAUGAAAUUGAUGUGCCUGACCUUGAUUGUCUAUAUAAGAUUGGUCGUUCCCGUCAGCAAACUACAGUUGAGCAUCAUUACCACUUUGAUGUUUUUAAUGCAGCAAUAGAUUUCAUCUUGAUGGAGUUAAAUACUCGAUUUAAUGAGUCAUCAGUGGAACUUCUUUCUCUUAGUACCACUUUAGAUCCUAAAAAUUCAUUUGAAUCAAUUAACAUUGAUGAUAUUUGCAAGCUUACAAUGAAGUUUUAUCCUGAAGAUUUCACAAAUCAAGACAUCAUUGCUUUGAAGCUUCUACACUUGUUGAUUUAUGUCAGCAAUUGA